AUGGUGCUCGAAAUUGAAACUCAUCCGAUCUAUCCUCUUCUGGCAUUGAUCUUCGACAAGUGCGAACUAGCCACGUGCACGCCUCGCGAUCUCAACCAGUCGCAGGCGUCCGGAGUCAACCAGCUCGUCGGUGGUCCAGUCGGCACAAAUUCGUCCGUCACCGGCGGCCCCGGCGGUGGCAUUGGUCUGGGCGACGUGUGGUCUUCUGAGUCUUUCAACGAGGAUAUCCUCGUUUUUGCAAAAGAGCUAGAUCAGUCAUCCUAUUCUGGUGAGAUAUGCAAAAUACAAGUCUCCGCAACAAAGUGUUUUAUGGACGCGUCCGAUAUGGCCCAAGUCGGAGGCUGCCGAAUGCGUGAGCAGCCGAAUCGGAUGUGUCCGGCUUUCGGCCGCAUCUUAGUUGGCUUACCCGAUCACUCCGACCGCCUCGAUCGGGCCUUAUCCAUCAGUUAUGUCGGCCUCUGA